CGACAAAAACCCUACUCAGAGUUGACUGAACCAUAGUUAAACCAUAGUAUUAUACCGACGGCGGGAGGAAGAAGAAAAGGAAAGAAAGCGAGAGAAAGGGAAUAAAUAAAAAGAUGUGGUCUCAGACGAAUCCAAUCACUCUUUGCACCGUAGAAACCCUAAAAUCUGCGAUCAAAUUCCGAUGGCGAACAACCCUAGAGUUUUCCUGGAUAUUGCCGUCAGCUCAACAACGGUUGGUCGUAUCGUGAUAGAGCUCUUCGCCGACACGAACCCUAAGACGGCGGAGAACUUCCGGGCUCUGUGUACCGGGGAGAAAGGCAUAGGGGAGUCUGGUAUACCACUCCACUACAAGGGAUCUAUCAUCCACGGUAUCGUCCCAGAUGAUAUUUGGUGUGGCGGGGAUAUCACUAAGGGAGACGGAUCUGGAGGCGAACCGAUCUACGGCAAUCAAGUUCCGGCGGAAGACUGCAUCAGGAAGCACGACCGUCCAGGUAUCCUCACUACGGCCUACUCUGUUCGAAACCCCAACAGAUCUCAGUUUGUACUCCUCAUGAAGGAGUUCCCGGACUACGACGGCCAGCACAUCGUGUUUGGACAAGUUGUGGAUGGAUUUGAUGUAAUCGCUCUCGUUGAGAAAAUGGUCGGUAAUGAAUUUGUGAUCCCUUCCGAUCCCGUGACAAUCGCUGAUUGCGGUCAGAUUCUUCUCGACUCUGAGAAAUCUGGCGCUUCUGUGUCAACUAUGGUAGGUUACUCUGCCCUGAAUUCAGACUCCACUGCCGCGGUCAUUUAUCAGAAGUUGCUGAAUCAGUUGCGAGAUGCCCAACUGAAGAUUGGGGCGAUGGAGGCCGCAAUGGCAAAGCAGACCGUUGCCUAUCAAAGUGGAUAUGGCGGAGACAUUGCACUGGCUGCCCUGGUCAUGGAACAUCUCGUACAUUCCAGAGGGUCUACUUUUAAGAGAAAGAGAACGAAUGAAUAAUUGGGGGUAGCAAAGACUUGUUGGAGAAGAGGCUUUGCGAGCUGAAUAUGAAUAAGUUCUCUUUUUAGUUCUUUAUAUUGACAUUGAUAUCAUAAGGCAGCUUUUGCUAUUUCGAUUUGUCCUUUUGGAUCUUUCUCUUUCUGUUGAGUAUGGAUUUAUACAUUUUGAAAGAAACAGAGUUUGUGGGUUUUGGAGGAGUUCCUAGCUAACUUCUUAAAAAAAUUGACGAACCUCUGGAUGAGGAGACUUGCUGAGUUUUCUUUUUCUUUGUUUUCGUUGUUGGUUGUGUUUCUUGCUUUCUAUUGUUCGUUCAUCGUUUGCUGUUGUUAGCUUCUAGUCUAGUUUUAAACUAGAUACCAUUUAAUAGUGCUACGCCUUAAUCAUGA